AUUCACUAUAUCCGGUCUCUCACAGUACACACAACAUGGAAAUGCAAUUAUUUUAAUAAAUAUAAGCUGCUAUAUAGCUUAGAGCAGUCUUGUGACUUCAGCAGACCACUGGUUAAAGCUUGUAGGAGGAGUUUUCUUUCUGCUCUAGGAGGAUGUGAAACCCUUGACCCUCUGUCUGGACAGUGCUGAUUGGACCUGUGCUGAUCACAUUCACGCUCCCAAGAAAAAGAAACAAAACAAAAAAACCUCUCUAGCAAUAUACACCAAACUGAGCAUGUGCAUGUGACUACGUAUUCAGUGUGUAUCAGGUAGUCAUUUCAACAAAAGAAGGGGCAGAGAAGAAAGCAUCAAACAGCCUUUUUACACAAUGCGGAGGAUUAACCCCUUAGGUUCCACAGUGAGUAUAGCAAGCAUGCUUUACUGCAUAUACGGACUGAUUUUACUGUUGUGGGUUUA